AUGGCUAAAAACUAUUUUGAUAUGGAAAAUCCCACUUUGGAAGCACUUCAAUGUGAAGUGGACUUUUUCAGGCAAAAUCAGACAAUAGUGGAAGAAGAAAUAAGGACUCUAAUAGCAGACAAUCAGAAAUUGUCUCAACAAGUGGGGAUGCUAUUGAAGGAGAAGUUAGACAAUGCUAGAGCCAAUAGCCACAAUCUGGACUACACCAAGGAGUUGGAGGAGUUAAGAAAACAAGUCUCUUUGCUUUCAAAGGAACGAGACUCACUUCAUGUACUCUGGCAAACCUCACAGAAGACUAUAGAUGCCCUGGAAACUGAAUUGAAGACUUACCAAAGUUAUGACAGUGGGGGAAAGAAGCCCCCAACAGAAGAACGAAGAGAUUUUGAACUAAAACUCGAAACAGCAUUAACAGAUUACAUCGACCUCGAAAACAAGCACAAAGACUUGCAAACGAAACACGCUGUAUUAGAAAACGACUUGAAAAGCCGAGAGAAAGAGAUAGCAGCAUAUAAAGAGAGAGGCAAAGAGUUAGAAGAUAAGUUGAGUGACGUCACAAAGAGUUUAGAAGAAUAUAAAAUCAAUUUUGCGGUGGAGAAGAAGAAUAGUGAAGAUUUAAAAGAACAGUUGGGACAGUAUCAGAAGGAAUGUGCUGAAAAAUCGAAGAGGGAAGUGGAAGCUAAAUCUAAAGUAGCAGAAGCAUUACAACUGUACGACGAAGUGUCGAAACAGAAGAAUGAAGCUUAUAAAACUGUACAGGAAUUAUCUAGAGAAAUAGCCCAGCUUAAACACACAUUAUCGAACAUAAGACAGGAGAUAGAGACGUCGUGUAGGAAAGAAAUGGACGAGGUGAAGGAGAAGUACAAUGAGAAAGUAGCCGACAUGUUACAACAUAUUAGGAAUUUGGACGCUGAGCUCGUGGAGAAAGGGUUGCUACUGAAUAAAACUUUAAGGGAAAACAAAAUACUGCUGGCUUCCAACGAAAGUUACUUGAAACAGCAAAAGGAUUCAUUGAAGUCGCUAGAUCCGAAACUUGCACUAGCCGAACAAAAACUAGAAGCCAUGUUUCAAGAAUUGGUAGCAUCAGAAAGGCGCAACAUGCAACUAGUAUGUGAGAAGCAAUGUCUUGCUAUCGACAUACAAAGGAUGCAGGACGUCCACGCGAGGGAGAUCAAGCGACGCGACUGGGAAGAACAACUUCUGAGGACACAAUGCGAUGAACUUAAACUACAAGUGGAGCAUCUCCAGAAAUCGUUAGAAGAAACUCACGGGAUGGUGAACAAGCUACAAACUAUGCUUGCCUCCAGAACUGAACUUAAUCAUAAGAUGGUGACAACCAAAGAAGAGGAGGUGAUAGAACUGAAUAAACAUUUAGAAAAUCAAAUGGAGCUUAGUAAAAAAUGGAAAGAGUCCUACUUAGAAAUGACAGAAAAACUGAAGAAGAAAUUAGAUGAAAUGCAGAAAGAGAAUAAAGAACUAAGAUCAAAGUUAAAACUGCCUUACAUUGGCUCUUCAGAGGAAAGUAACAGCUAA